ACGUAGCAAUAUUCGUUUAAUAACUUUGAAUAGGACAUUUUAUUCACAAUUAAGCCUUAAUAUUUGAGCACAUUCAACCCAAUAACUCAUACACCAUUUGAUGUAUUUAACAAAAUCCUUAUAAUAUUCACAAACUUAUUGCAUUACAUUCCUUGACUUCGAUUCUUUCAAACCAUUUUUUGGUUUACAACAAAGCCCUUUAGCCACACAGUGAAUGAACGGAUGACAUAAUAACCUGCCCAAUUUAUCACAUCGUAUAUGGUGAGCAUAUUAACAAACACUUAAUAGACGAUUCAAAGUUGAAAUCUGUGUUAUGCUUUAGCAAGUCAAUGGGUGAACUGCUACUCAGUCAGUUCUUCUAUUUAUGAUAAAAUUGUUUUAGAUGUUUGGGUCGUUUUAAAAUGUUCCUGUGUGCUAAUAAAGCCAAGAAAGAUGUCAAGACUUUCUUACACAACCCAAUUCAAUAUCAAACAAAACUAUGGACUGAAAGUAGACAAUUUUUAUUACUUAUUCUGAAUUUUUUUUGUAUUUCAUUUUACGUUUCCAGAUACCGUAUUUCAAUUUACGUAGAAGAGUGCGAUAAAAGAAAUGGGACUACAAUAAUGUCCCUGCAUGGGAGAUAAUAUUUCGCCAUUUGUCGUAAAUUGUUUAAUUAAUAGAUCUGUCAUGUUUGUAGAUGAAUUGCGUGUUUGCCGUUUUGGUUGAAAAGAACAGAGAACUUCUGCUUCCUGUCAUAACCUCUGAAUCACAUCUGGGUUAACUGGAUUUUACUACCUAAAAACUCAACAAGCAAAGUCUCAGUCAAGUAAUAGUUGUCACACAUCUCAAAGCAAACAUUACCGCGUCUUAGCAGGCAAGACAAUUUUAUGACUUUAUUUUAUGAUUACUGGUUCCAACCGAAUUUUAACAGUCACAAGACAUGUCGUAUGUCGCUUAAAGCUUUAUUUUGAGAUAGAAAAGCAUAAUCAAAGUUCUUUUGCAAAAUUUGUUCCUGAAAACAAAAAUGAAGAUUCCUUUGACAAAUGAGUACAGAUUCACAAUCAGUGGAGUUGGGAUCACACAAGUCGCACUCGGGUGCUGUAUAUUCUCACUCGGAUUAUCAGGUGCAACCAAUGUAACUGAUAGUCUCGCUCAAUACCAAGACCCUUACCUGGCAAUGUCAUUAAUAACUGGAGUGUCGGUAAUUACGAGUGGAGCGAUUUCGCAUUGUGCUGCAACAAAAGCAACUCAUUGUUAUCUAUUUCUAAUUCUGAUAACGUCAUCGCUGUCAAUUGUGUUUACACUCUCGUUGAUUGGAAUUCAAACAUUUCUGACAGCAGAAUACGCGGACAUUCCAAAUCACAGUCCUACGUUCAUGGCAUCACUCAUCCUCGGAAGUGUAUCUGCAGUGCUUUCUUUCUUCACGAAUUUGGCAGCUAUCGCACUCACUUGCACUGCUGGUGGAGCUUGUAAUCAUUCAUCCAAUGCAAUCAUGCCCACAGAUGAUAAUACCGGAAGCACAAAGCAAAGUUCAAACGUCUGAAGAAAGAUCUAUUAAUAUUCUACAUAUCCGCAUCAUUUUGCUUGCACAAUAGAGAAAGGAAUUCAAAUAUCCGGAGAUCAUGAUAUACAAUAAUACAAAUAUCAUAUUCUAUAAAUAUUUAAUCUUAUGAAACACCAUGUGUAUAUAGUCUUGUGAUAACUUUUAUUAAGUAAUUUAAUCCAGAAUAUAUUUCAGUAUUUUUGAAUGAAAUAUAAUAUUCGAAUCUUCUAUAUGACGUCAAAAUGGCCAACUCGGCGAACGCUUCACUGACCAAACAACAAGCUCGAGGUGUUUCGAAUAUUUAUGGCGCUCAAUUAUUCAUUUCGUUAAUUGUCUUAUAAUUAUAAUUUAUUCGAUUAGCUUUUGAAUUAUAUUGCCAGUAGUAUAUU